AUGGAUGAUGAAACAACUCGUCGAGAGGCCUGGGAAUUUUGGCAAAGGACCUGCUUCCAACGCCUGUCUGAGGGCGAGUUUGGCCAGGGGUUGGAAGAUUCCUCAUCGGAUAUGUCCUAUCUGCAUCUUAUUGCAUCAAUUCUUGCUGGUCGACAGACUAUCUGGGAUGACGAGCGAAUUAUGGAAGCCUGCGGUCAGCCUAACAAUUGGUAUUUCCGCCUUACUGCGUGGAUUUUCUACACUAAUCGCUUUGUGGGACCCGACUCACUCCUUCCGUUAGUGGAUCAGUGGCGCCAAAUGUACCCCUCUCAUCCGAACUCACCAAACAAUCCCCUUGAUGAGGUGCCAUUUUCGUAUAUCUGUUUUCUCGACUGUGAUCAUUAUUUUAUAAUUGACGAACUGGUCAUUAGCAUCUUCAGAACCGAUAUUAUCUCGCUUCUAAACACCGCAGGCGAAAAAUUUAGCAGCUGGUGGCUAGUCGCCCAUAUGUCAAACUUUCUCAAACGCCUUUGUCCAAAAAUUUUCGAGUCGGAAGUUUCACCGGGCAAUGUCAACUCAAUCAAGGAGUCAGCGAAAGUUAAGUUGGAGGACAAUGGCACAGACGAAAUUGACGGGACCAGGGUUUACAGCCUCCUAUCAGACUUCUUUCUUUUCGGCUACGCGGAAUCUCUGGCCUCAGAACCGGGCUUAUUGUCAGUGGCCCUGGGGUACCUGGACUAUUGCUCGUCUACCGCAGCCGCACGAGAAGCGCAGGCCAGUCUGAUCGCUCAGGUCAAACCAUCCUCUACGCGAAUGACUAACUUAUUUAUGCUUGAAGCUUGGAUAGCGAACAGAGGAAGAGCCUCAAAGAGACCCUUUUUUGAAAAGCUGCGAUCGCCAUUACUCGCAGUCGAUCAUUAA